ACAAGGUAAUCCAGAGUCGACAAAGCACAUGGCUGGGUCUGUGCUUUGUUACUGGCUGUUGCUGUUGGGAAGAGUAUGUGGAUGACUGUUGUCAGAGUUGUACCAAAAGAAAGCUCAAAGGAAUGCCAGCUUUUUUUUUGUUUGUUUUUUUGUUUUUUUUUUUUUUUACCACUCAGCUGCAAUGAAGCCUGACACCUCUGGUAGCCAGUGAGAAGCUGGUUUUGUGCCGUGCUUUUACAGGAGAAGCCUGGCUGCAUUAACUCUUACUAAAACAAGCACCUAGAAAACUAAACAAAAUUCAGAAAUCCAGUGAUGGAGGUCAACUCCUCAGAAGCCAACAGCAGCUCACAGGGAGGCACCAGCUGUCUGGAUCUUACCCCUGUCACCUUCACUGAAACAAUGACUUUCACAGAAGUGGUGGCAGAAGAGGAAUUGGGAUCCUUUUACUACUCCUUUAAGGAAGACCCCAUCCUUUCUUUUACACCGCCGUCAAAUGGUGCCCCAUGUGAGGACUGCAACUACCGGACAGCAGAGUCCCUUGUAGGACGAGACUCCGCUCGGAGGAGCAGGAGGGAGGAUAUGCUCAGAGAAGCAGGAGACACUCAGAGAAGCGGGAGAUGCUCGGGAGAAGCGGGAGAUGCUGGCCAGCAACAAAUCUUCAACCCUUCUGGAGAAGAGACAGAGCAGCUGGUGACACUUUGGAUUCUCUUUAUUGUCACAAUUGCUGGAAAUGCCAUUGUGCUCUUCUCUACCUGGAGGAGGAAGCGGAAAUCUCGAAUGACCUACUUUGUUACUCAGCUGGCAAUCACAGAUUCAUUCACAGGACUCAUCAACAUAAUGACUGACAUCAUUUGGCGCUACACUGGAGAUUUUUUGGCCCCUGAUAUCGUUUGCAGGGUCGUUCGCUACUUCCAGGUGGUCCUUCUCUAUGCCUCAACUUACGUCCUCGUGUCACUAAGCAUAGACCGGUAUCAUGCCAUAGUUUACCCUAUGAAGUUCUUGCAAGGAGAAAGGCAGGCGAAAGUGCUUAUUGGAGUGGCCUGGAUCCUCUCUUUCCUGUUUUCCAUACCAACUCUGAUUAUUUUUGGGAAACGGCAGCUCUCCAAUGGGGAAAUGCAGUGCUGGGCUCUCUGGCCUGAUGACUCCUACUGGAUCCCCUACAUGACAGUUGUGGCUUUCCUGGUGUAUUUCAUUCCUCUGAUCAUUAUCAGCAUUAUAUACUCGAUUGUGAUUCGAACCAUCUGGACGAAGAACAAAGCUCAGGCUGUCAUCAUAUCCAGCUAUCCUGGUGGAAAAACCUCCAGUGGCUACACCAGUCGAGGGUUCAUAUCCAGGGCGAAGGUGAAAACGAUCAAGUACAGCAUUGUAAUUAUCCUUGCAUUUAUUCUCUGUUGGAGCCCUUACUUUCUUUUUGAUAUUCUGGACAACUUCAACAUACUCCCUGAGACCAAAGAGCGCUUCUACGCAUCUGUGAUUAUUCAGAACCUGCCAGCCUUGAACAGUGCGGUCAACCCCCUCAUCUACUGCUUCUUCAGCAACAGCCUCUGCCCCCCUUCUGAGGAAAGAAGAACUCAAAGACUGGGGGGGACUUCUCGGGAAAGGAGUGAUGGAGGGCAGGAGAUGCAGGUCCUGUCGAAACCAGAAUACAUCUAGCACAAUGUUCUGCAAAGCCACACUGGUACCUGUACAGAGGAAAAGAGAGGUCCCCCACAAGCCCAGUGCACUGUGAAGUGGAUGGACACUGAC